UUUUCUUCAUUUAGGUCUAUGUCCAAGUGAAAUAACAAAGUGGGUAGGAAUGAUGCGGCAUGGAGCACAGAAUCCCGACUCCCCAGGACAGGCAAAGAAGCGAAGGAAAACUAGCAAUGUCAACAAUAGCUCUCAACGUAAUAAUUCUCCAUCUGUACCUGAUCUGAUUCCACCUCCUCCGAUGUCAGGAUAUGGAGACACCAUUGUGGCAUCAAAUCCCUUUGAUGAUAUGCCUAUGCAGCCAGGUCCUAUGAGGAACAUGUCUCCCAUGGGUGGCCCAGGAAUGGGACCUGGUCCCAUGGGUCCUGGUGGUCCCCCGAUGGGAAUGGGACCAGGUAUGCCACCUGGGAAUCCAGGAAUGAUGGCGGGUGGGCCAGGGAUGAUGCAAGGAGGUCCUCCUAUGAUGGGACCAGGAAAUCCAGGCAUGAUUCCUGGAGGACCUGGAAUGGGACCUAAUGGGCCUAUGGGGCCAGGAAUGGGACCAAAACCCAUGCCUGUUUCUUCUGGAAAGAUCUACCCACCUGAUCAGCCCAUGGUAUUUAAUCCCCAAAAUCCCAACGCCCCACCAAUCUACCCCUGUGGAAUUUGCCACAAAGAGGUGCAUGACAAUGACCAAGCCAUCCUUUGUGAAUCUGGGUGCAAUUUCUGGUUUCACAGAGUGUGCACUGGACUUACAGAGCCUGCCUUUCAUCUCCUCACUGCUGAGGUCUAUGCUGAAUGGGUUUGUGAUAAAUGUCUCCAUAGUAAGAACAUCCCUCUUGUGAAGUUUAAGCCAUGACUUCAAUCAUCCUCUAAUUGUUGUUCAUGUGACUGUUGUUCAUCUGACUGUUGUUCAUCAGCUGGCUUUUGCCAAUAUUAAUGUACAAAUUUGAGUAGGAUAUGUAUUUGAGAGCAAAUGAGAAGACCUCAUGACACUUUGUGAAUGUUUUUUUUUUGGACACUAUAAUAAAGUAUUGCACUG